UCAAGUUCAAUGAUAAGUGUACAGAGCAUAGAUUACGACUCACAAGCGGAUCUAUUUGAUUUGAAGAUUGAGCCGGCAACGGCAAUCAAUUUACCGUUACAAUGGCGGUACCAGGCUACUCGCUCAACGACCUGAUCCAAGGAAUCAAUUUUGUGGUCGACGCUCUCUCCGCUCUAAAAGAGGACGGAGGCGCAUCAUCUGAAUAUCAGCAAACCAUUCAAGAGAUGAAUAGUCUCGAACAGAUACUGCGUAGCAUACAGAGGAUCACGCCGACAGAGACAAACACAUCAUACUUCCGCCUUAUCCACACCCAAGCGAGUGAGCUGGAGGCGACCAUCAGAUGUUUUGUGAGCAGCACCGAAAAGUAUAAUGAAGCUCUUGGACAUAGAUCGAAACGGAGAGAUGGAGUACUGCGGAAGCUUCAGUGGCAUUUCGUCGAAUCAUCUACGGUGAAAGCCUUAAAAUCAAAGCUGUCGUUCCAUCUUCAAAUUAUCGAUAUGCUCUGGCAACUUUUACAAUUUGAUUACUUGGCUACAUAUGAAGUCUCGAGGAAAGUCGACCAUGAUAUGCUGUCAAGCAACUCAACGCAACUAUUGUCAAUCUGCAAUAAAAUCCACACCUCACAGAUUAGCAGCAAUUCAUUGCUUCACAAUCAAAAUGCGACAGCGGCCCUUACAUCGGCCACGUUCAUCGAAAAGCUUGACGAGCAAAUCAGGCUAUCCAAGGACAUAUUAAACGCGCUAGCAGGACUGGAGAAUACCUCAGUGGAGGUUUCAAAAGCAGAUCGAUCUCGGUGUAAUCUUGAUACCGAGACCAACCCAACGGCCUCUUUCCAUGUCAAUCAAACUAGGAUAUCCUUGGAACAUCUUGGAGUCAUCGCCAACAAAUCCUUCCUGGAGCUGUGCAAUAUUCUUGACAUGCAGGUCGAAUUGCGAAACGAAAUCAAGUGCCUUGCGGAAAAGGUCGAGAGUCUUGCGGAAAAGGUUGAGUGUAAUGAAGAGCGUGGUACCUCGCUGAGAGCCAUGUCGAGUAACUUGAUGAACCAAGCGGGUUUAUUAGGUCAAGAAAUCUUCAGAAGACUUUACAGGAUGACUUGCAACGUCACGAAAAAUACGUGCCAUCAGGUGGGGCUCUUAUCAGCAAUGAACCCUCUCAAUGCAAUAGGAGUUGUCAAUCCUUGGUCAACUGCGCUGUUCAUAAACUUGAAGCUAGCAAUUCCUCGAUCUCCGUUCAGCAUAUCUAGGGCCGAUAGCAUUCACUUUCUUGACGCCACAGGCACCUCACGCUUGCUUCCUUACAUUGAUUUUCAACAUUAUAGAACUUUCGUCACCAUGUUGGAGGAAACUUAUAGAAAUACUCCUACAGGGCGCUACGUUUUCCGACGAAGAUACUACUUGGUUGGAACUGGAUCAAAAGACGGAGAAAUUAUCACCAAAGAUACUUGGAGCAAUCACGUCCACCCAGGAAUUGGAAUCGCCAUGAACAUCAUCCUAUCGCAUGCCAAAUUUAAUAGGGCAGAAUGCCCAAAGUGUAAGAGCGUCAAGACUCACAUAGAAGAUGAGGGUCCCUACGGCUGCACUUCGUGUGGAUUGAUAGUCUAUUCAAGAAAUGCCGAAAGCCGACCAAAACGAGAUCUCUGCGAAGACCAGUCAAGCAACCUUCACUCAAGUCAACAAAAGAGACCUCUGAAGUACCACAGAUUCUACCAAGACCUAGCCGUUCUAGGCUUCGGCCCUGAUAGAUAUGAAGAUGAGAUGCUUGAAGAGAGGGACAUUAAAUACUUCAAGCGUCUGAGCAUACGAUUCGCAAGUGAUGAACACAAGCCCAACCUAGAGCAGGCAUAUCUAACAACGCGCUUGCUUUACAUUGCAAGUGGGCUGCCUGCAAAGCAAAUGGCUUUGGAAAUGUGUGGAACUUGGAGCUUCAUAUCUACGACAAACACACUUCAAUCAAUACCAGCAAUCCGUCAUGUCGAUGGAUGGACUGUACGAGCAAGAAAGUUUCAAUAACAGAUGCAUAUGCAUUACGGAUACAUCUUCAGAGCCACUUAUAUCCGGCCUUUGGUGAGAAGAACCGCAGAGAUACAACGAAGACAAAUUCCGAAAAUCGAGUGCGAGGAUUGCUUAGGAGUGCCGGGUUGUACUACCCAU